CUUUAGUUUUUCUUACUCAAUAAUCUACCCUCUUGACAGUACAGAGUACAGACCUCUCUCACCUCUCUCUUUCUCUACCAACUCCACUUUUUUUUUUUUUUUCUGUGAUUCCAUGAUUUCAUUAUUUGGUGACUAUGAAAAGAGCAACUUCAAAGAGUGUUUUGAGCAAUGAGUUUGAUAGGGAGAUAGAUUGGGAGCUCAGGCCUGGUGGUAUGCUUGUUCAAAAGAGAGAUGCUGGGGAUGCUUCUGCUGGGCCUAUGAUCAAGAUCAAGGUCUGUCAUGGUUCUUAUCACCAUGAUAUCACUGUCCCUGCCCAAUCCACUUUUGGGGAUCUGAAAAGGGUUCUUGCCCAAGAAACUGGUUUGGAGCCAAAGGAGCAAAGAUUACUGUUUAGAGGGAAAGAAAAGGAGGAUGAGGAGUGCUUGCACAUGGCAGGUUUAAAAGAUAUGUCUAAAGUUAUACUGUUGGAGGAUCCAGCUAGCAAAGAGAGGAAGCUUAAGGAGAUGCAGAAAAAUCAGUGUAUACUAAAGGCUUAUGAAGCGGUUGCCAAAGUGAGAGCAGAGGUUGACAAGCUCUCUGAGAAGGUUAUUGCUUUGGAGGCAAAUGUUCAUGGCGGCGUCAAAGUGACAAAUAAGGAAUUUGUUGUCUUGACAGAGUUGCUCAUGCUGCAGUUGCUUAAACUGGAUUCAAUUGAGGCUGAUGGAGAAGCAAAAGUGCAGAGGCGGAUUGAGGUUCGUCGAGUCCAGAGCUUUGUAGAUACAUUGGACAAUCUAAAGGCAAGAAACUCUAAUCCCUUCAGCAAUAGUAAGAAUGUGGUGUCAGUCACUACCAAAUGGGAGAUGUUUGAGUCGGGAGUGGGAAGCCUGUAUGCCCCAACCCCACUGCAAUCUUCUACCAAAAUAACUCAGGACUGGGAAGUGUUUGAUUAAUUACAAGUUCAACACAUUAUAUGGGUCGUUCUAUAUAAAUUUGUAUCCGCAGUAUAUAUAAACAUAAUGUUAUGUGAACCAUGUUCAAUUUU